CGAUGACUCCGAAAGAGAAGAGCUCUUGGCAGAUGCAGACAAUGAUGUCGAUGAUAUGCCGGAACUCACUGUCAGAUUCCAAGGAGAUGAUGACUAUGAAUCAGACGACGAUUCGGGUGAUGAAGGCGAUGACAAGGAAGAACCUAUUGUGGCCGACCAUCAAGAAAAUGUUGAUAGAGGAACUGAUGAUAUUGGAAGCCUUGUUACUGAUCUGGAGGACCUACAAGAGCCGCCAGAAGAAGAGAUUGUAUUUGAGCCUGAAGAGCCUCAAGUAGCAAAAGUCACUUGA